UCAAAACGAAACCCAACUUAUAAACAAUCAUCUGGGCUGAAACGGCACGCAGACUUUUCUACAAACUGCGUGGAUAUCACCAUCUUGCAGAUAACCUUCUUUUGUCUUGAUCAAACCCCACAACUAACUCUUCGUUUUUAUCUGUGCAUAUAUAUAAGCAUACUUAAUUAAGCUUCUUCGAAACAUAAAUUUUCCGUCAAAUAUUAGAAUUGAUCGUGUAAUAGUGAUUGUGAUCGUUUAGAGGCUGGGGAUUGAGAAGGAAGAAAAAAUUAAAGAAACAAAAAGAGAAGGUUGAUCUGGUAACCAGUGAAGCUGAUCAUGGAAGAACUGGCCUUUGCAAAUGAACGUAGCUUCAAAAGGGAAGUGUGGCUUCUUGUUGUUGUCUUGCCUUGGCCCUCCCCAUUGCAGAAAAUUGAUGGUGGCACAACUCACCGGUGGUGGUGGUGGUGGUGGCGGUGGUGGUGGUGGUCAAGUAAGAAGAGUCCAUAUUGUAUAUUAUCUUAGCCGUAAUGGUGGUAUCGAGCAACCCCAUCUCAUGCGCAUCCAUCAAGUCUCAUAUCAUGGAGUUUACUUAAGAGAUGUUAAAAGCUGGUUAUCAGAACUCAGAGGAGAAGACAUGCCAGAGCGUUUUGCUUGGUCAUACAAGAGAAUGUACAAAGGGGGAUACGUUUGGCAAGACCUACUGGAUGACGAUCUCAUUACCCCUAUUUGUGACAAUCAAUAUGUUCUGAAAGGAUCAGAAAUCUCCUCAACAACAUUAAAUAAUGAUAUUAAUCCAUACAACGAGAAAGAAGUCUUUGACCUGAAAAAUUCGCCAACUUUUGAAGUAAACGUCAAAUCCCCAAAAUACCCAUCAACCGAGAAAGAAGAUCCUCUAGUUUUCUCAAUAGAUACGUCCUUUGAAAUAGAAGAAUCUUCCUUUGUCUCUAACGUCACAACCGAAGACACAACAAAGAAUCAAGACACAUCUGAAGACAAAGAAAUAACACAAAACCCAAAAGACAAAAAUGAGAAUAAUUCCCUAAACAAGAUAUUCUUCAACAAGAAUACAGAUGACAGCAACAACAGUAAUAACGAUAAACACAAGAAAGGUGGGAAUAAAAGUGUAAACAGUUGUUUGAAAGCUUCAGCAUUACCAUUCUAUUUGUUUGGAAAAUCAGGUCGUUUUUCAGGCUCAAGAGCAUCACAUAUGUUGCGAAACUGGAUCACUUGUGGGACUGCUAACACGGACGAAAAGGCUGUGGUGGCGAUCAACAAAAGGAAAGGUGGUAGGACUUCUACAGUAACUUCGGUUUCUGAGAAUAACUUCGGGCAAAUAAGUAAAGAACAGAAGUAUAAGGGUUACGAGAAAAGUUUUGAUGGGAUAAAUGGAUCAAAGAAGAGUAAGAAGGAGGAGUCAAAUAACAUCAAAACCUCGAGAGCUGCUAAUCAUAAGCCUAUUAAUGGCCCGAAUUGCUCGCAGUGCGGCAGGCAGUUCAAUCCAGAGAAGCUUCACAGCCACAUGAAAUACUGCAGAGGAAUGAAGGCAUUGGCCAAGUCUGCCAGCGCAAGACCUAAGCCGAAGAUAUCAUCACCACAUCCAGCAUCGCACAACACCUUUUACUUGACAAAUAACUAAAUACUUUGGUCGGUAUUUUUGGAUUUUGAUACUUUUUAGAAUUAACUACACUUAUGUAAGAUCAAUGUGUAUAAUUUGGACUGUGAACAAUAACAAUGGACUUUUAUUAAUAGUUUGUUUAUUAUAGCAUACCGAUCUUAUUUACUUUUAUUACG